AUGAGUCCGUCCAAUUGGCGCGAGGUUUUGGAAGGAGCCAUGUCCCAUAUUGAUUCUCGUCGAGCUGCAAUUAUAUCUGCGUCAGCAAUUGCAGCUUCAUACGCCUUUGUGACUUAUGCUCGUCUCGGGCCGCAAGAUAGCUUCAUCAGGAAGCUGCUCGGCUUGAAAUUGAACUAUCCAGUCCAUGGGUUUGUUCAUCCUGGAUAUGAACUCGUCAAGGAAGAAUUUGAAAAGAACUUCGAACAAGGACUUGAGCUCGGCAGUUCAUUUUGUGCUUAUGCUGACGGGAAACUCGUCGUGGAGCUCUAUGGUGGUUAUCACGAUAUUCAACGCAGCAAACGCUAUGAUUCUCAGUCUUUGCAGCUCAUCUUUUCAUCCGGAAAAACUUUGAUGGCCAUCUUGAUCGCUCAUUUGGUCGACAAGGACUUGAUUGAUCUCAACAAGCGUGUCGCUGAUUAUUGGCCUGAAUUUGCUGAAGGAGGUAAAGAAAACGUUACCGUCAAGGAACUCUUAGCUCAUCGUGGUGGUGUUGGUUGGCUGGACGAACCUCAUCGAUUGACCACGGACGAAUACACAGACUUGGACCUAGUCUCCAAGAAGAUUGCUGGUCAACCUCACAACCAUAACGGCAAACCAGUACACGACUACAAUGCUCAAACUCGGGGCUUCUUCCUCAACCAGAUAGUUCGCCGAGUUGACCCAAAGAAGCGUUCAGCUGGUCAAAUCUACAGAGAGGACAUCAAUCCCAAGCUUGGGGUUGAAGUAUACAUGGGCUUGCCUGAGGCUCUCUACACGCGAGUCUCGCCAUUGGUCAGCUACCCGUUCCCUCGUGUUUUGAUCCGAGCUCUGCUUCCAGCUUGGAUUACUCGCAAUCCUCUGCCACCCAUUCUUGACAAAAUACAGGCAAAGAAGGGUAAAGCAUUGUUUACACCAAAUAUUACCAUGCCUGGAGCAAAGGGCAAUGAUCUUGGUGUUAUUGCAAACUCAUAUGACUACCAGAAGGGUGAAGGGCCUUCAUACAACACAAUUACGACUGCCAAAUCGAUGGCCAAACUGGGUGCUGUCAUGGCUAACGGUGGUACUCUGGAUGGCUUCAAGCUCUGCUCUCCAAAAACUCUUGCCAAGGUCUAUGAGGAAAUGGAGCUACAAGAGGACUACAGCUUGUGUUUCCCCUUCCUUUUCACUGCUGGUGGAUUCAACCUCCUCAAGGAUGUAAGCUGUCCUGAUCCAGACAUGCUUGAAAAAGACCGAGUUGGCAAAUAUCGUGCUCCAGGAACUACAUGGGUGGGAUGGGGAGGUUACGGAGGAUCUUUGAUUUACUGGAGUCCAAGUGACAACCUUGCUGUUGGAUACGCUGAAAAUCAACUUGGUUUAUGCAUUGUUUGUGAGGCUCGUUCUGAACGCCUCUCGGCCGCGGUAUGGAAAUGCCAUAACGCAUUAUCGAAGGGAAAGAAGUAA